AUGGAGGCAAAGCGGUCCGUGCAUCUAGAGUUCUUGAGAUACCUGCUGACAAUCGGACAACAGUCGGACGGAUCAUUCCGUAAGAAGUGGGAUCGUGAAGAAUAUGCAGAAAAAGCAAAAGUAAAAGACGAGGAGGAGCGUGAACGAAUGAAGGAGAAUGACGCCCGUAUGCGACAAGGCAAGAAACCACGGCGCAUAAAGGAGGAACUUCCUAAGCCGACGGAGCUCAUGAAAGCGCGCGAGGAGGACCUGGAGCUCGAGAAGAACUUGAAUAAGACCAUUGUUGUUCACUCCGCUGGGGGUCGAGGGCCGGGUCAACCGGGAUUUUAUUGUGAAGUGUGUACGAGAAACUUCAAGGACACUGCUGGGUAUCUUGAUCACAUCAAUUCUCGCGCACAUUUGCGUAAAUUGGGUCAAACGACUACUGUAGAACGGUCAACGGUCGAACAAGUCAGGGCACGAAUAGCUUUGUUGCGCGAAAAGACGAAGGAAGCUGCUGAGGUAAAGGCAUACGACUUCGAGAAGCGCCUUCAGCAGAUUAGGAACAAAGAAUUAGAGGAGCGACAAGCUAAGCGGAGGAAAGUUAAAGAGGAGAAGCAAGCUAUCAAGGCGGUGAAACAAGAGCAGGAGCAACAGGCAACAGAGGCAAAUCCUGAUAUGUUGGACAUGAUGGGGUUUGCUGGGUUUGGAGGCUCAAAACGAUAG